UACAUUUGUCUCCAAUCGGUACGAAGCCAUUUGAGUAAACAGGAAGAAGAGUUUAAUUGCUGUACGGGAUGAAGGAUUCAGGGAUUGGGGAAAGAUAUGUCUGAGGAAAGGGUCACCUGAAAUGCUGCUUCCAUUGUGUGGAAAGAAGUAGGAAUGGAGGGAAUGAUACUUCUGGUGCUUCUGUGUGUAGAGGUCUCUGCAGAGUUUCACUCUCUUCAAUACUUGGCCACUGCUCAGACUGCGACCCAACACCUCCCAGGCUUUGUGAUCGUCGGUUAUGUGGACGGUGCCCAGUUUUUUAAUUAUGACAGUGAUCAGAAGAAAUUGAUUGCCCAGGGGCAGUGGAUGGUAGAAAAUAAGAGGCCCCCAUUCUGGGAGCGAAGUGCUGUGCUGGCACAGCAGAAGGAGAAACAUUUCAAAACCUACAUCGAAGAGAUAGCAGCACGGACCAACCAGUCGGGCGGGAUCCACUGGUUUCAGCUAAUGACUGGCUGUGACCUCCGGGAGGAUGGCACCACAACUGGAUUCUCUCAGUUUGGCUGGGACGGGCAAGAUUACAUGAAAUUUGACAAAGAUCACCAAGACUGGGUCACUACAGUACGGUGGGGAGAGAGCACGAAGAAAUGGUGGGAGGACAUCAGGGCGUGGAAUAAUCAGCACUGGAAGUAUUACCUGGAGGAGGAGUGCAUUCACUGGCUGAACACCUACCUGGAUUACGGACAGCAGAUGCUGAGUACCAUUGCCCCCGCCGUGUCCUUUACCCGUCUGGGUGAUUCUAACCGGCUGUCCUGUCUCGUUACUGGGUUUUACCCCCAAGCCAUCGAGGUGACCCUGUGGAGGGAUGGAGUAUUGGUUGAUGAGACACUGUCCACUGGAAUCUUACCCAAUCAUGACAGGACCUACCAGAUCCGGAAAUGGAUGGAGUUUGAUCCGGAUGAUCAGUCCGAGUAUUCCUGUCGAGUGGAGCACACCGGGCUGGAGGACAAGCUGGUGGUGAUUUUCGUGCUAGAGUUUCACUCCCAGGUUUUUGUUGCUAUUGGGAUUUUACUUGGAGUACUCAUAGUCAUCACAGUCCUUCUCACAGUUGUCAUCAUCUACAAAGAGAAAGCGAGAAGGAAGAGUGACUACAUCACUACACACACUUCUGAUGAUUUGAUGUCCUCAGUGAGUUCCGUCGCCAGUUCCUGAGUCGCCUCCCAUAUCCGACUGGGAAUCCACAGAUGCCAUUUCCCAAGUUCAGUGACGGAAGCCAAGGAGAGAUUCAUGGAGGACUGAUUCCUGCUCAAUCUCAAAUUCUGGCAUGUUUUGUCAAUCUGAUUCCAAAUCGUGGCAAUGUUAACAUUUCACUGUGAAGCCCUGCCCUGCUAAUGUUUAAGCGAUAUGAUCAUGUUUGACCCCGUUCACAGGCUGUUCAUCAGUGUGAUAGUGCCAGGCCUCAAAUUAAAUACCUCUGCACCUUUAAGACUCAAAUAGCCCUUUCUUAUAGUAACAGAACAUGUCAAUUCUUGUCGAGACUGAUGGAUUGAUUGAACCCAAACAUGACCUUAAUGUGACGUUAUCUGUCCAAGUGCAAGAGAGGACCAGACGACAGCAUCUCAGGAUAAAGGGACAGUAAUUUAAGACUGAAUUGAGGAGGAGUAACUUCUCUCCAAGGCUUUGUAAUUCUUUGCUGCAGAGAGCUAUGGGAGCAGAGUCCUUGUGCAUAUUUAAAGCUGACAUAGAUCUAUGUGGAAUGAAUCAACAUUUAUGGGGAGAAAGGAGGAACGUCGAUGUGAAGAGUGUUUUUCCCACUGAAUAGCGGAGCAAGCUCAAGGAACGGAAGGGAAUACUUCUGUUUCUCUUUGUUAUGGUCUUAUAAGCCUUAUAUCACAAGCUCUUCUCCUUGCCCAGGUCAAGUCACUAUCUCGGAAUCUCUUGACAUCACAUGUUCACCACAUUCAGUCAAGCACCCAGUGCUGUGUCUGGCCCUAAAGCAGGGACAUGGUGGUGUGCAGUGCUCCUGCCUGGAAUUCAAGGCUCCACCACUCUCUCCAGGCCCCUCAGAUUCUCCUCACAUUCUUAUCUUUUUGAAUAAAAGCACAGUACUGUGGAUGUUGGAAAUCUGAAGCAAACAAAGGGAACUCUGGAGAAGCUCAGCAGGUGUAGCAGCAUCUGUGGAGAGAAAAUGCAGAGGUAACAUUUCAAGUCCAAUCUGAGUCUUCUUCAGAAUUGGAGAGGUGAAAGGAAUGAAUUCUUCUGGUCAGCAAUCUAGUCAUGUCUGACUCGAGACGUUAACUCUGUUUCUCUCUUCACAGAUGCUGCCUGAGAUUUUCGGUAUUUUAUGUAUUUGAUUCUUUUCAGUCAGGCUGCAGCCUUCAUCUUCCAUUUCUGACAGAUUUUUUUUUGUUUUUAAUCGUUUGGGAUCUUCCAAAAUUCCCACAGUCAAUAAAAUGUUUUGUCAACAAAGGCUUCAAACUAUGUUGAAUAGCACUGCUAUAUCACCGCGCCAGUGAUGCAGGUUUGAUUCCUCCCUUGAGUGACUAUAUGUGUGGUUGGACAUUCUCUCCAGUUUCCUCCAACAGUCUAUAGUUGUGCAGAUUAGGUGGAUUGGCCAUGCUAAAUAUCCCACAGUGUCCAGGGAUGUGCAGGCCAUGUGGAUUAGCUAUGGGAAAUGUUGGGUAAAAGGGAUAGGGUAGGGAGUUUGUCUGGGUGAGGUGCUCUCCAGACAGUUGGCAUGGACCCGAAGGGCCAAAUUGCCAGCUUCCAUAAUGUAGGAAAUUCAGUGUUUCCCAUUGACUCUCCUUUGGGCUGCUUUAGUGAGGGCAGAGUGCAAACAGCGAUUAACACUGUGUGUUAACACUAAGUGUAGUGAGACCAAUUCCGAGCCAACAUCAGUGAGAAUUCCAGAUAACAAAGUGUGG